AUGUCUUUCACUCUUGAAGCUCCUUUGGCCUAUAAGAUCCUCAACAACUACUUUGAAAACGUCUCUUACGUUAAGGGUGUUGAAGCCUCCGAAGCUGAUAAGGCUGUCUUCACUGCUUUGACCGAAGGUGUCAACGCUGAAGCCUACCCUCACUUGGCCAGAUGGUACACUCACAUUGCUGCUGUUCAAGGUUUGGAAGCCAAGCAAGGUGCUGCUGCCCCUGCUGCCGCUGCUCCUGCUGCUGCUGAUGAUGAAGAUGACAUUGAUCUCUUUGGUUCUGAUGACGAAGAAGUUGAUGAAGAAGCUGAAAAGAUCAAGGCUCAACGUGUUGCUGAAUACAACGCCAAGAAGGCUAACAAGCCUAAGACCAUUGCCAAGACCACUGUCACUCUUGAUGUGAAGCCUUGGGAUGAUGAAACCAACAUGGACGAAUUGACUGCUGGUGUCAAGGGUAUCGAAAUGGACGGUCUCCUUUGGGGUGGUAGCCAACUCGUUGCUAUUGGUUACGGUAUCAAGAAGCUCCAAAUCAACUGUGUUGUCGAAGAUGACAAGGUUCUUAUGGACGAUUUGACUGAUGCUAUCCUUGCUUUGGAAGACUAUGUUCAAUCUGUCGAUAUUGCUGCUAUGCAAAAGAUCUAA